AUGAGGCUGCGCACUCGACCCUCCCCUUUGCUCCUCCUCCUCAUCCCAUCCCUCGUCGCUGGUCUCGCCGUCGAAACCAAAGACAAAAAUGGCGCCAAAGCGGUAGGUUCCACCGAAAAGGCCACCGACUCGACUGUCACCUCUGGCAUCAAGACCAGAUAUGGCACCGACCACGCGCCUGUCGAUGGCAAGGACGGCAUGCCCCACGAGGGUCCUUUCGUCGACCAGACCAGAGAGACCAAGAAGGAGGGCGCUGAUGCCGAUGGCAAGAAGGAAUUGCCUCCCUUGAAGGGACGCCCGUCCGACCCCACCGUUGUCGAUGGCAAGAAGAUCCCCGAGACCAACGACGGCGUCAUGAACGACAAGACACGCCAGAAGCCCAAGGAGGGAACUACGGGCACCGAAGGAGGUGUUAGCGAAAAGGACAAGGCGCGCAAGGCAGCUGAGGGCCGAACGGGCGAAAAGGUCGACAAUAAGCCAGAGGCUCCCAAGGAAAAGCCCCCUCUGCCGCACAGCGAACAGGAGAAGAUCUCGAGCGAAAAGGACUCCGUCACGAGCAAGGAGCAUGACCAUGAUCGCCACACUGCCGAUGAGAUUGCAGGGCUCGAGAAACCGGCCGGUCUCCCUGACAAGCUCGAUGACAAGCCCCAUCCUCUCCCUAACUCGGCGCACAAGGAUCAUCUGGAUCUUUCAAAGCCCAAGGGCAAGUCUUCAUCUAGCCUCGACGAGGAGGCCGAAGGUGUCAUCCAACCCUUCCACUCCUUCGUCCUGUCUCUUACCAUGAUUCUCGUUUCCGAAGUUGGCGACAAGACCUUCCUUGUAGCUGCCCUCAUGGCGAUGAAGCAUGACCGGAUCGUCGUUUUCUCUGCCGCCUUUGGUGCCCUGCUGGUCAUGACUGUUCUGUCAGCCGUCCUCGGCCACGCUGUUCCGACCUUAAUCCCCAAGCGCGUGACCAGCUUCCUUGCUGCUGGUCUCUUCUUCGUGUUCGGCGCGAAGCUACUUCGUGAAGGCUUGGGCAUGGACCCUAACGAGGGUGUGACUGCCGAGCUGCACGAGGUCGAGCGAGAGCUGGCUGAGAAGGAAAAGGAGGGUAAGAGGCGGGGCUCUGCUGUGUCUCCCUACGCGCUGGAAAUGGGCCUCAACGGCAGCAGGAAGUCUAGGUCUAAGAGCCGUUUCCCCUCGCCCCCGCGCUCGCCUUCCUCGUCGCCGCCCCGCAGCCCUUCUCCCGGUUCUGGUGGCAUUAGGGGCUCCCUGAACGGCCUGAACAACCUCCUUGGCCUUCUUCUCAGCCCUGCUUGGGUCCAAACGUUCGUCAUGACUUUCUUGGGUGAAUGGGGCGACCGCAGUCAGAUUGCAACUAUUGCCAUGGCUGCAGGACAGGACUACUGGUGGGUUAUUCUCGGUGCCAUGGUCGGCCACUGCAUCUGCACCGGUGCUGCCGUUAUUGGCGGCCGUGCCAUCGCAGGCCGUGUCAGUCUCAAAGUCGUCACGGUCGGUGGCGCUGUUGCUUUCCUGGUGUUUGGAUUCAUCUACUUCUUCGAGGCUUUCUACGCAUGA